AAGUUUUUAUUUGAUUUGCUGACCGUACCUACUUCACUCCGAGUUCCUUAUGUAGGUAAUAGUAAAUCAUAAAUGAAUUGAUGUGGAUUUUCAUUACGGUGAGCCUAGUAUAAACGCGAGCAUAAGCAUUUUCAAUUAUUGCAAUGAAACUAGUUAAAAACAUAUCAGUUCAAAUAAAAAUCAUUGAAGUACUUUCGCCCCGGUUCAUUGCUUGUCCUAAAGUUGUCGGUUGUUUGCCGCGUGUUGACAGGUGCGACGGCGCCACCGUCGCGUCACUUAGUUCCCUAUUCACGCGCGCUCCCCACUCCGCUUUAUGUCAAUUCGAGUUCGUUCGCCGCUCUCUUCGGUGCCGGUCGGAAGGCUGUACGUGUUUAUUUCCCGAGUCCGCGAAACUUUUUCAUAACGAAGUAAAGGGAUGUGACAGUAAAUAACGUUAUUUUGAUAUUUUAAGUGUUGUAUACUGUGUGAUAACGUUGUUAUUUUUUGUGACUUAGUAAAGUGUUAGGUCGGAGUGGUACUGUGAGUGUGAUUGUGGUCACAGGUGUCGCAUUCCAGGGGGGACGCCGACGCAGCCUCUGUACCAGAUACAGUAGGCAGGUGGACCGCUAGACUACCCAAUUUAUUUAUUCCAAUAUGGCGGAACGAUUAUGAGGUCCAACGGCGAGGGACUUCUAGAUGAACGGAAAGGAAGCAUAAUUUGAGUAAUGCGAACAUUUAGGCGUCAUAAUUUCUGCUGAGAUGGCGCGGUGGGGAGCGCUCCAGCAUGGACAGACGACGGCGUGUUUGCUUCUCCUAUGUCUACUGCAGCUGGCGCAGGCAACGCCCGGUCCAUGUGAGGUGGAAACGGGCCAGUCAAGUAUUAUAGUUGAUAUUGAAGAGAGUAGAGGAGAUCAGGUGAACCAAAGCACAACACCAGCAGAACUACCGAUAGUAGGAGAACCCGAUGUGGAUGUCGCGCUAUCCACGGUGUUCCCCAAGGGACCGACGUUGUUCCAACUCGAUGGCAAACGACUGCAGCUGCUGCAGCCACUCGAUAGAGAUGCUGAUAACUUGUCGCACAUGGUAUUUCAGCUGGUAUGUCAAGUGAAAGCGACGAAGAAGCGGAGGACGAUCCCAGUUAUAGUCAGAGUGUCUGACAUUAAUGAUAAUGCGCCGAUGUUCCAAGGAACGCCGUACGAGACUUCGGUUUCUGAGUUGGUCCCAAUCGGAAGCACAAUCUUCGACAAGAUCAAAGCCGUAGACAUCGACGCGGGCGUCAACGGUCUCUCAGAAUACUUCAUAAUACCAGGAGAUAAUAAAACCCUGGAGGAAUCGAACGCAGCCGACGGUUACGGCUUCUUCGCGAUACCACUACCUCAUCAGGGACAAGUGACAGUCAACAGGAGUUUAGAUUAUGAGCGCACGCAGAAGUAUCUAGUCACUAUCCUUGCUUCUGAUCGUGCUCGCGACACCAAGAGACGCCUAUCCAGUACCACCACAUUGACUGUUAAUGUUGAAGAUGAUGACGAUCAAGAUCCUUCGUUCAUCUACAAAGGCUGCACGCUGCAUGAGGGAGCUUGCUUUAACCCAGAGUAUACCAGUUUUGUAAACAGCGGCGUCCUAGCAGGCAUCCUCACCGUAGAGCCGGAGAAGAUUCAAGCUGUAGACAUGGACACCCUUGAUGCCCGCAUCAAGUAUACCAUCGAGAGUGGGGAGCCCGACUCCUGGGCGUCGUACUUCGCGAUAGACCAAAAUACAGGCGCGGUCAGGCAGCUCGUGCCGGUCGAUACUUCUAUAGCUAAGAAGUUUCAGCUGGUUAUUAAGGCGGAAGAAGUAACAGAAGCUCGUCGCUUCACUACAGCCAAGUUGACGAUAACAGUUCGGCCGGUGGACGCGAGCCCGCCCGUAGUCAGCGCGUCAGCUGAUGAAGGCGAAGUCGAAGAGAAUUCACCAAAAGGCACCAAGAUACUCGACAGAAACGGAGAGCCGAUUCUUCUUACUGUGUCUGAUCCUGAUUUGGGACCCGGCGAUCCAGUACCAAAAUACACGUUUGAACUGACAACGAGCUUCUUCGACAUCGACAAAGAUGGAUAUUUGGUUGUCAGCGAUGAGAAACUCGACCGAGAUCAGCCCAACUCGGGCAAGUUUAGAUUCCAGGUGGUAGCACGUGAAGCGAACGGUGGAGCGGCAUCAGCGCCAUAUUCCUUAGGAGUACAACUCCUGGACCAGAACGACAACGCUCCCGUCAUACCGAAGACACAGCCCAUCAUAGUACCAGCCAGCUUGGAACCCACUGCUGUGCAUAAGGUGGAGGCGGUAGACAUCGAUGAGGGUGAGAACGCACGUAUAACGUACAGCAUUUAUCACGUAUCUAACAAUGGAGGCAACAAGUUCACUAUAGAUCCUAACACUGGAGUUAUAUCAAGUACAGGUCGCUUACAAGCGGGCGAGCAAUACAGCGUGACCCUUCGCGCUACAGACGCCAAGGGUCUCAGUUCUCAAGGAAUCGUAGAACUGUCUGUGGCGCCUGGACCUAAUACCAGGCCACCGCAGUUCUCGUCAAGAGAUUAUUACGCACCUGUGUCCGAGGGUGCUGCUAUCAAUUCAACUGUAACCACUGUUACUGCAAAAGAUCCAGAGAACGAACCAGUGACAUACUCCAUAGCUUCUGGCAAUGAUCUCCGCCAGUUUGCCAUCGGUUCCAACACAGGAAUCAUCACGGUCAUCAGGAGUCUGGAUAGAGAAGUGCUGACACGAUAUCAAUUGAUGGUAAGAGCAGAAGAUCCCGGUAGAUUGUCGAGUACAGCGACAGUCAACAUCAAAGUGACGGAUAUCAAUGAUAAUAACCCGAAGUUCGAUGAAGAUUCUUAUCUUUUCCACGUCAAAGAAGGCGCCGCAAAUGAGUUUGUUGGCUACGUACACGCUACGGACAUCGACGAGGGCGUCAACGCUAUGAUCAGUUACAGCAUACCGCCGCACCUGCCCUUCACUAUCGACAACUCAACGGGACAGAUCAAUACUAAGACUGAGCUGGAUUAUGAACAGACUAAGGAUUACGCGUUUGUAGUGACGGCGACUGACGGAGCUAUAGACAAGCGGCUAGGCACAGCAUCAGUCACAGUACAGGUGCAGGACAUACCGGACGAGGCGCCCGUGUUCUCGCAGCCGCUGUACUCUGUGCAUGUACCCGAAAAUGCAGCUAACUACCCUGUUGUUAGGGUUCAGGCGGAAGACCCAGACACGAUCCCAGAGAUAACCUACACUAUUAUUAUGGGUGACACCGAGUUGUUCUCUAUAGACCGCAAGACUGGUAUGAUACGCACGCUGAAGGCGUUGGACAGAGAGAUGAUAGCUCGCCAUGAGAUCACUGUGGGAACUGAGGAGAAUAACAGCCAGACUCAAGGCGCUACUACUACAGUGGAGGUGUUUGUUGAUGAUAAAAACGACAACGCCCCAAUAUUCACAUCCGUGGUCCGGCCCGUAACGAUUGAAGACUCAUCUUCAAUCGGCAGUUUAGUACAGACAGUUGUGGCUUCCGACGCAGACGCGACCGCCCCUAACAACAGAGUGCGGUACAAGUUGGUGGGGAGGGGGAAAGCUUCGAUAUACUUCCACGUUGAACCUGAUACGGGAGCUGUGAGGGUCAGGGAUGAUCUCAGGAAGGAAACCGAUAGUGAAUAUACUGUGGACGUGCAAGCGUAUGAUCAAGGCGAGCCAAUGAUGUCCUCAGUUUCUAGUCUUACUGUAUACGUCAGUCAUUCUGCAACCGUACCGCCUGAUGUUGGUCUGGGCUUCGCGGACACGUUAUACACAGAGCAUGUGGCUGAAAACUCUCCGAACGGCACUCUCGUCAGAAUCCUGCCAUUAUUGAACAAGAGGGAACAUUCUCCUGAUACACCACUCAAGUGUCGCCUUACUGAGUCUUCGCAGAAAGGUAUAUUCUACGUAAAACUAACAGAGGAAAGAGACUGCGCAAUCUACCUCAACACAAGUUCCUUAGACUACGAGACUUUAACCGAAUACUCUUUAGAAGUCCAACUCGAAUCAAUCCAGGGGUUGAUAAACCCGGAAAGCAGUAAAGCAACGAUAAAAGUCCAUGUGACCGAUGCGAAUGACAACGCCCCAGUGUUUGUGUUCCCUGAGCAAAGUACUGUGGCUGGGGCUAAGGAGAAAUACUUCGCGAUUGUUACCAAAGAUAUGCUGUUGGGGACUAAUGUGUUGCAAGUGAAGGCAAAAGACAAGGACAGUGGUGAUUUCGGAAAGAUAGAAUAUCAUAAGAAUUCCUGGACGAAAGCAGCUGAAGAGUACUUUAGUUUAGAUGCGGAUACGGGAGUAAUAAGCAAUAUAAAGACGUUUGAAAACGUUCCCAAAGAUAUACUACCGUUUAAAUUCAGUGUGACGGCAAGAGAUCAUCCAAAUUCAGCUCAGGAUUAUAAUAUUGCUAGAGCUUCUGUUGUGAUAAAUGUCCUACAAAAAGAAAACCAACUAGUUGUGGAAGUAAUGGACUUGAAUGCUGACGCCAUGCGCCGUAGAUCACGAAGCUUGUUAGCUGCUAUUGAAGAGAAGACUGGACUAGUAGCUGGUCUAGAGAAACUGACUUCAAGGCAUUAUCUUGGACAGAAUGGAACAUUAGAAAGUGAUAACAAAGGGACCGAUGUUUGGUUGUACCUUAUUGAUGCGAAUACUGGGGAAAUUCUUAGCAGGGAAUCGAAACCUGUUAUGACUGUGAUAGAGAACGGCAUCCACAAGCUGGUGGCGUCCCGCCUGCAGUCGGCGGUGAGCGGUGUCCGCGCGCCGCUGGCCCCGGCGGAGACGCCGCGCCGGCCGCACGUGGCCGCGGCGCCGCUCGCCACGGCGCUGCCCGCCGCGCUCAUCGCGCUGGCGGCCGUCGUACUGGUCGCCGCGAUCGCUGCUACUAUAUAUAUAUGUGCGUCGUGGAAUAGAUACAAGAAACACAAAGAACAAGCUAUCCAACAAUACGGCACGCUCAGCAUGAGCAUGCCGCCCCCGCGACCACCCUCAGGGUAUGAAUCUAGUGAAGACGAGCCAGCCCCGAGAUACGAAACCCAGGUCCUAAACAUGGCAGUUGAUGAUGCAGACUUGCAGCUGGACUUCAGUCCAAACAACCACGCUUUUAACAUACACAGUGUGCAAUACCUAUCUAAAGACAAUGGUGAACGAAGUCCAACCCUAUCAGAAACAGCAACCACAGCCCGGGCAUCAAGCGUCAAUGAAAACAGCGGCACCCUCAACAACUUACACAACAGCCAGCUAUUCGAGCCGAUCGCUAACAACACAUCCAUUGCGCGCAACACACAGACUCUCAACCGACGCGCACCUAACGCGCAUCCAUUGAACAACGCGAUAGGAACAUUACCGCGAGUCAAUAAUAAUAAUGUUGGUAGCGGGUUGUUGGCUACGACGCUUGGGAGGAAGAUUAAUGCGGGGAACAAUCAUAAGAAGAAAUCGACGCAGCCUAUUAUGGCGUAUGAUGAAAUACCUGGAUUACAAAGGGCAUCAGAUAACGACAAUGUAACAUUUGGAAAACGUAAUUUCACCGGUUACAACUACGACCAAUCGCCAGUGGAAACCACAACCGAGUUAUAAAGAAGCAGUAAUUAUAGUGAAUAACAUACUUUGAGCUAUAUGGCACACUGGAACCAUGAUUUAAAACAAUGAUCAUGUUGUCAAAGUUGUCGGUCCGAAACACAAGAUGGCACCUCAUACGUCGGGGCCCCGAUUGGACAGACAUUCGAAUUCUAAUGAUGGAAUGCGAUGAAGGUAGUAACAUGAUCGUUGCUCUCAAAAUGCGUUUCUUUUUGUGUAUAGUAUAGCUUCAAUGGUACCAGCAAAAUCUAGUGUUAACACAGACAAAGUGACUUAAACCAGAAAGUGAAAAACUAGAAGUGUCCGUCCGAAAUUGUGUUAAAAACUUAUGUUUUAACGUUUGUGUUCAACGAAUAUAAUAUUCUUCGUGUAAUAAGAAUACGACUGAACUUUUGAAUAAUUAAACUUUAUAAUGUGAAUAACGAAUUUUUAGAUAAUUAUAUUUUUGUACUUAAUUUGAUAACGUAAUUUCUUAGCCAAGGCUAGUCCCGUUUUAUGAACAAAUGUGCAUAAUAAUGAUGUAAAUAUGGCAUUACAUGGUGAUGUAUAUUAUUAAGGUACCUGAAUUGUAAAUGCAGGUACAAAGACUUGAACUAUUUUUGUAAAUCUCUUUUUUAGUCUGGCAACUGCCAUCUUUGAAUUCUCUUUAGUUUUAGUAAAAUUUAUCAACUUAUUUGUCUUGGUUGUAAAAUGGGGUUAAGAGUGAUCCAAAAAAAUGUUAUUGUACUAAAACCCAUACUUGUCUUAAAUCUCAAUACCUGCACAGAUAUCUAAAUAACAUUGGUAAGAUAUUAAUCCUUUUCGCUGCCACUUUUCCACCUGACAUUUAUUGGUGUGUAUAAAGAGAACUUCUACUAUUUAAACCAAUAUCAAGUAUUGUGCAAGAAUGAGUAUUAUUACAAUAGUAUUGAAUGCUUAAUGUUACUUAUCUGCACUUUCAAUAAGAGCUCUUAUAACAGGACAGACAGUUGAAUAGGGAGAUUUAAUAUGUGGUCUUAUAGGGGGUCUGGCAGGUCGUGGCAGGAGCACUAUUGUGAAAAAUACAAAAUGUGGUUUGAAAAAUCUAUUCCUCAUUAAAAUUCAAGUGCAACGUCUACAAGCAACCCCAUUUUACAUCAUUCUCAUUUUAAACAGCUGAUUAACAGUUACGUCUUUUGUUUAUUGUAAAAUACUUUAGUAUUUGAAUCUCGAACAACUUCAUUCUUAAGAUUUUUUAUCUUUUUUUCUAUACAUAUUCUUUACGAAUUUUGUGCCAGUUACUGUUAAAAUGUAUUUUUAGGUUUUAUUUCGUCUACACUCGCGUCUUGGUCGCAAGUUUUUUUUACUCGGGAUUGUAUAAGAACGAGAGGAACAUUUUUAUUCCGUUAGUGAUGUGGUCGUAGAUUUACGAAAAAAUAAUAAUUAAUUAUCAUAAUAAAUAAAAAUGCUCAGUUUUUUUUAUGAUUUUUUACUUUUGAAUCUGGCUUCAAGAUGUGAUUUGUGCCAAACCGAUAUGUACUAACAUUUUUUUAUUUAUUUCGUAUUGGAGUGUAAAAUGUUACCUAAUGUAAUUCCACUGUAUAUCUUGUAAAAUAAUAAAAUGUUUAUUUUGAUUGUGAAGAAGUAAAUUGUAUCAUAAUUUUGUGGUAAAAUUGUUAAUAUAAUUUUUGAAAUAAAUUAAUUUUUAUUAUCACAAUGUAAUUUCAUUCAACUUUACGUCAACACCCAUCAGAGCACUAAAAUCAUCAUCGGCCUAGC